AGACAGACUCCUCCUGUCGGGGAAUCCCCACAAACUCCACGCGUGGAUUUUGCUUUGGGUUUGCAAGAAACCCAUUUUUUUGUUGUUGUGCUGUUUUGGCCGUUGGGGUGAGUCACUCGAAACAUCAACGCAGCAAGAGCAACGAGAUAACCGUUUUGGGAGAAGAGGUCAGCAAAGUACAUUGUCGCAAGUUUUGCGAAUCUGAAACAGGACAUGGCAGAAAAUCCCGAGAGUCAAGAGUUUGCUGACCUCUGGGAGCGGAACCUCAUUUCAGCUCCAGAAGGUGGCCCUUGUUGGGACAUCAAUGAUGAGUACCUUCCAAGUUCGUUCGACCCAAGUUUUUUUAACUUGCUGACUGAACCGCCUCAGCCGUCCACCUCCCCACCGACCUCCACUGUCCCAGUUGCCACCGAUUAUCCUGGCGACCAUGGGUUUAAACUGCAGUUCCCGCAAUCAGGCACAGCCAAGUCUGUCACCUGCACGUACUCCCCAGACCUGAACAAGCUCUUUUGCCAGUUGGCGAAAACGUGUCCAGUUCAGAUGGUGGUGGAAGUUGCCCCUCCCCAAGGGUCGGUGCUCAGAGCCACAGCCAUUUAUAAAAAGUCUGAACAUGUGGCUGAGGUGGUCCGGCGUUGCCCCCACCACGAGAGAACACUUGAUACUGAUGGAUUGGCUCCUCCUGCUCACCUGAUCCGAGUGGAAGGAAACUUGCGUGCUCAUUAUAAGGAAGAUGACAUCACCUCCAGGCACAGUGUAGUGGUGCCCUAUGAAGCUCCUCAGCUGGGAGCAGAGUUCAUCACAAUUCUGUAUAAUUACAUGUGCAAUAGUAGCUGCAUGGGUGGCAUGAACCGCCGGCCCAUCCUCACAAUCGUCACUCUGGAGACUCAGGACGGUCAGAUGCUGGGCCGCAGAUCCUUCGAGGUGCGUGUCUGUGCGUGCCCAGGCAGAGACAGGAAAACUGAAGAGAGCAACUUCAGGAAAGACCAGGAGUCCAAAACCGUGAGCAAGACCCCCUCUACCACCAAACGAAGUUUGAUGAAAGAAUCCUCUUCAUCUACAUCCAGGCCUGAGGGCAGUAAGAAGGCCAAGCUGAGCGCCAGCAGUGAUGAAGAAAUCUAUACUCUGCAGGUGCGGGGUAAGGAGAGAUUCGAAAUGUUAAAAAAGAUUAACGAUGGGUUGGAACUCACCGACGUCGUGCCUCCAUGUGACGUAGACAAGUAUCGGCAGAAAAUCUUGUCCAAAACCAAGAAAGAAAAAGAUGGCCAAACACCUGAGCCCAAAAGAGGGAAAAAACUGAUGGUAAAGGAUGAAAAAAGCGAUUCUGAUUAAGAUGGCGGGAUGCUGAAAGAAAAAGAAAGGGAGAGUUUUGGGUUUUUCCUGCCUUUGUUAAGCCUUUAUUUGACCAAAACAGCUUGUCAUAGAUGGAGCAUUUGUUGAAUUGCAGACCCAUGUGAUCCCUCAGUCCUGUAUGUCAUAUUUCAUCUUGUUUACUCCACGGGGACAUGUGUAAGUCAGCUGAUCCAGAAAAGUUCUGUAUGAGUAAGGCUAGUAUCAGCUGGGUACUGUAGGGUGUGUUGUGCUCUAUCAGCACUAGAGAAGCAAUACUGGCCCAUCAUUUUGCAGACCUGCUAAAUGAAUGUCAAGCAAUGAGGCUUAACUAUGUGUAGGAUUUUUUUUCCUGUUGUGGGCCAGUGCAGGUCACUUGCCUGCUAACUCGUAGUUUCUGCAAUCUGGUUAGGUUGUAAAGGAGUUUGUCUCUGAAUUACUAGAUGGCCAAAUUUCGUUAUACCAGUAUUUUGUAACCUGUUGUAUUUUGUAACCAGCUUUUUCUAAGAAAAGAGUAUGAAUAAUAGAUGAAAUGAGCAGCACUGGUUACAAGCCAAAAUCUGUAAUAAAAAUAACAAAAAAGCAA